AUGGCUUCUCCGUUGCUCGUCUCUUUGAUUCUUGCCGCAAGCUUUCAAGGUUUCUUUUAUCUUAUCUUUCAAUAUCUCAAUCAAUCGAACAUAAUGCACUUGGUUUUGCGAAGCUGUCAUUUGUAAUAUAAAAUCAUGACUGCACUUUCUCGCAAUAUUGACAGAAAAAAAAAUUCUUAUGACUAAUAGCUUUGAAAAAAAUUCUUGAAAAAAAGGAACUUUUAUUUGGAUGCAAAAAAAGAAUGGGUAAUAUAAUAACAACUUUUUCUGCAAAUUUCUAAGAAACCAUUGUGAUAAAUACUCAGUAAAAGUUUAUGCAUAAAUAACACCUGUUCUCAUGAUGAAAAAAAUGGUGAAAAAGUCAUGUUCAAAUGUCAAUUCGAAAUGCAGGUGCUAUUUUGAUGAAGCUAACACAAGAAAUUAGAUAAACUUGGGACUUCUUUUUAGAUUUGCCAACAGAACAUUUUUCAUUAUUUUCGUGAAGUCGCGAUCGUCAUACAAAAUGAUAUACGUAUGUAGAUAAUAUUCUAGAAACAAUUUUCUUUUUAAAUCCGCUAUAAGCAAUUUUAUGAGUUAUUUGUGCAGCUAAGGUUUUUCAAUGUUUCCAAUCUGAGUAAUCCUAACUGCGGCAGAACUUUCUUAGGUUUUCAUUGCUAAUAAUUGCUUACUUGUUUUUGACGAACUGCAGCGGGAUGGACGUUGAAGUGCGAGACGUGUGACGGCGACACUUGCGAAGACGUCGACCGAUGGAUCGUCGAGUCGUGUCUGCCGUCGACCGCGCAUUGCUACCAGCUAGGCACCAAGGAAGGCAAAGGUAGGAGCAUUACUAUGAGUACGGUAAAGGAUCUGUCUGCAGUUUUUCGCCGAGGCUGUGCAGACGUCCCUUGCAACCGACUGCCCGGUGUCGACCGUGACCUUAUGCUUGAGAUGACGUGCACCACUUGCAACCGAGACAUGUCAGUACGAAGCUUUUCCUUUCAGGAGACGUCAAGGGCACUAGAACCUCUUGAGUGUCCAAUUAAUCUUGAAGCCCCUCCCAUCUUCAACUUUGAAAACCUCCUUUCAGGUGCAAUUCCAAUCUCAAAGCCUAUCAAAACUCGGGAGGCGGCUUAACCUGGAAAAAGUCGGCUGUCAGCAUUUUCUCCUCAUUCUCUUCGAUCUUUUUUUGUCUUUCAAUUCUGUACGCAGUGUAA